CCCACCCCUCCCUCCGCUGCUCCAAAGAAACAAGCAGUCGGGCAAAAGUUUUUUAGUUUACACUCGUCAUCUACUUCAUUUAAAUUAUUCAAAGUUAUUAAACUCUAACUAUAAUUAUAAGAUUUUAAACAUUUCUAAAGUUUAAGUUCCUAUACUAGAAAAAAAAAACUUUUAGACACCUACUUUUAGGCGUCACUUAACCUAGUUUAUAAACUGAAUGAUUGAGGUUAGAAUUUGUUGUACGAUACAGAUUGUUUUCGAACGGCAGCAACACAGUGGAUCAGUCUAAAUAUACAUGCGUCCGCGCACGCGCAAGCGCGUUCCAUGGCCAGUGCUAAACGGAGACGCCAGAUAAAGUUUUGUACGAUAAGAUAUACACUUAUUACAAUAUCGGUGCUUUUUUUGUGUGUUAACAUUAUUGGAACACAGAAAUGUUUCGUUCUAGGUAAGUAGAAAAACUUUUAAAAACUUUUUAUAAACUUCUGUCCGCGUCGACUGUUCUGGGCGUAAACAUUGCUAGAGUAAUAAUAAUAUCAAUAACUUUGCAACUCUUUGCAAGUUUUUUAUUAUCACCAGAUAAAAAUCAACCAUAAUAAAACUUACUAACAGUUUCGCGGCAAAAUGAAACCCAAAUACAUUCUUUGAUUAUUUUAUUAUACAGUUUAUUUUAAUAUUUUUUUAUUAACAUUAGUCGUCAUUUUUUUUGUUCAACGUUAUUAAUGAAACUAGUAUGGCCUGCAGAUGCCGCUGCUUAAAACUUUUUAGUUUCUUUGUUUUGACGUUGAGUUUGAUUUUGUUUUUCUUUAUUUGCGAUAGCUAUAGCAUACGUGAGGAACUUUUCGGAAAACUUGAAUACCGGUUCAAGGAGCUGACACCGUCUCCAUCGUCGAGGGAGCUUAUACAAUGCCCUGUUGAGAAUUGUGAUGGCUCCGGGCAUAUAUCCGGAAACUUCGCAUCGCACCGCAGCCUGUCUGGAUGCCCGCGCGCCGACCGCUCGCAGCUCCAGCCACACUCGCAGGAGCUCAAGUGUCCGACGCCCGGCUGCGACGGCUCCGGACAUGUCACAGGCAAUUAUUCAUCGCACCGCUCGCUAUCUGGCUGUCCGAGAGCUAACAAACCCAAGAGCAAGCCAAGAGAUGGUCAAGACUCCGAACCCCUCAGUGCCUCCGGCUGCCCAAUUGCAAACCGCAAUAAAAUGCGGGUUCUGGAGAGCGGUGGAACAGUUGAACAGCACAAAGCGGCAGUGGCAGCAGCCGCGUCGGCCAUUAAAUUCGACGGCGUGAACUGUCCCACGCCGGGCUGUGAUGGUUCGGGUCACCUCAACGGGUCUUUUUUGACCCAUCGUUCACUAUCGGGAUGCCCCAUAGCGGGUGCUGCGACGCCUACCCCACAGCCUAAGAAACCGAAAUAUCCUGACGACAUUACGCCACUUUACCCUAAACCAUAUUCGGGAAUGGACAUGAAUAUGCAGACUGGGAACGGUGAAGACCUGAUGACAUUGGAGCAGGAAAUUACAGAACUGCAACGCGAAAAUGCACGCGUCGAAUCACAAAUGAUGCGCCUCAAGUCUGAUAUUAAUGCCAUGGAGACGCAUCUGAGCCACGGGGAAAGAGAGAACCAAUUGAUAUCGCAGCGCAACAACAACCUGAACGAGUACUACGAGAGCUUACGGAACAACGUGAUCACACUGUUGGAGCACGUGCGGAUCCCUGGCGGGGGCACGGCGCCCGCUGGGGCGGCGGGGGCGGCGGGUGCACCGCCCCCUCCCGCGCCCGGCGAGAAGCCGGCACAUGACAACUUCGACUCGUACCUCACUAAACUACAGACCCUGUGCUCCCCCGACGGCUACUGUCCCGACGAGAACAGACCCAUCUACGAAACAGUGAAAAACGCACUCCAAGACUUCACAGUACUACCUACACCUAUUUAAGGUUCACAGAGCGCCGCCGAGCCCGAGCGACAUUGAUUACGCGACACUCGGCGGGGCUACCGCUCGCCUAUAUAGAAUACACCCGUACCAAAAACUAAUGUGAAUUUAUAGUUCGACUGUACAGUGCGACAGACGUUUAUGUGUUCUAAUAUAGUUACGAUGUCUGUUUUGUAAACCGUUGUAUACGAUGUAUGAAUUCUUUGUGACGUCACAGCGGCGACCGAUGAUCCGCUCGUUGUAUAAAUAAGUGAAAUGGACUCGAGUAAUUAGGAUUAUAUAUAUAAAUAAAUUUUAAACACUGUUACUCGUAUGCUUAAUAAAAAUAAUUGUUAGGGGAUGAAGUUUAUACUAAUGAUGUACGUAAGCUAUUUUUAGCCCCACGGACGCAUUGAAAUGUUUUAUGUAAAUAUUGUACCUAUUCGACGAUCGAGUGUCGGCCUGUCUGGCCAAAGAUUGGACGAUCAGUUCUAAUGAUUCAUAUAUCGCGCUCAGAUUUGUAUCGACCGAUCACGUACGUUAUAAUAGUUCAUAAGUGAAAACUGUUAAUGUAUAAGUUCUUACACUGGGAAUGUGCCAAAUGCUUCUGACACACAGCAGCUCCCAUUCGCUGAUAUUUUAAGACUAAAAAAAAUAAUGUCAUAGAAUUAAUAAACGAUGUAAACAAAAUUAAACUCCUUAUAGGGAACUCUAGUCAGUUUUUGUAAAUAAUUGUGAAUAAAUAGUUGUCACGUCAUAAAGACGUUUUUAUUUGUACUAGGAAAUAAUGAGAUCUCAUUAGAUCGAGUAAGUUAAUAAUUCACUCAUAAAUUGAUAACCAAUUAUAGAGAAUAAAUUGAAACCUUCUUUGUUAGCCAAUGUUCACUUUGCUGUGAUUAUGUUAGUUACGUGUUACUUAUUUAUUGUUAACUUUACGGAUUGUGAUAGCUUACUUGAAUCGGGUUAACGUUAAUUUGCAAUACUUUUAAGUUAUGAGCUUUAUGAAUGUGCUAACAUUAUGUUGGAAAUUGUAAUUUAUGUUAUCAUUGUGUAAUGUUUUGAAAUCAUUCCGUUCAUAUAAUUACAAUUUGGUAUACAAAUUAACAACGCAUUCACAUUUUAAAUUGUAAACACUUACUAUGUUACCUAACUCUGAUUGUCAUAAUAUGUUUCUGUAAAAUAUUGAGUAUGUGUUGUUAAAGAGAAUUAAAAUAAUAAAUACCG